AAAAACUCACCGUUUAACAGUUUGAAAAGCGUGAGCGUGAAAAAAGACAGAGAUUAGUUGGGAAAAUAGAGGAAUGAACUCAGCCAGGUUGGCCUCAUGUUCAGCUUGUUAUUUUAUUUUUGUUUUUUCUUUGGUUUUACCUUUUCGUAUGGUAUAUUUUACGUACAUCCAAAUGAUCUGAUUAUUUCAAUAACUCUAUAUUUUUGUUACGAGGCCUCGUAAAAUAACCCACAUUAAAAACCAUAACCAUCAAUCAAUAACCACUGAACCUGACAGGACAGCUAUAGUUCCACUAGAGAGGGGAUAUUGAUAUGAACCUUACAGGCCACCUAGGUGAGAAGAAUAUUACUCCCUCCGUUCUAACCUAGGAUCAUAUGUGAUAUUUCAUAGAAUAAUAAAUCUGGAUACUCUUUUAUCUAAAUUCGUUUUACUACGAAAUGUCUCAUCCGAUUUUAGGUUGCUAUAUUAUAUGGGAAGUAAUUAACAGCGGCCAAUAGAAAUAGUUUAGGCAAGACGCCACCAAAAAGAAGAGCAACAGAAUAUUUUUAAUUUUUUUUCCUAAAUUUUAAAAGCACGUCCUCCACGACCACCACCACCACAAGAACCUUACGGUUCAUGCCCGAGUUCCCAAAACUAAAGGACUCCAUCUUCUCCGUUGCAUCCAUCAAGCUCAAAACGACGUAGCUUCCUGGUUGGCAAAGUUGAGAGAAGUGGAGGAAGGUCAGCAGAGAGAAAGGCAGAAGUAAAGCAAAGCUGAAGAAACAAGAAGCAGAGGCAUCACACAACAGAUUCGCCAUGGCGAGGUGCUGCUGCAUCCUUUCGUCAACCUGUGAAAAAAACAGAUGAACUCGCAGCUCAGUCCCUUGUAGAAGCAAUCUACAAUUACAACGCCAGGUGCUCGAUUUCUUCAACUCUACCUGCCAUUGAGUACAGAAGUUCUGAUGGAGAAAAAGAUAUCACGCGCCAUGUGUUCCGAUGGGAUAGAGCCCCAUAUGAAUUCGUGUUUCAAAAUGGAUUCGAAGCCAGGCGUGCCUCUCCUGCCUCUCCAGAUGAAAUGUACUUCAAUUUGGAGCAUUAUGUGACUAGAGGCCUUGGGAGGCCUCUUGACACUCGAAGAGACACAACUCAUGCGUAUGUUAGCACUACCAUAAGCAGUUCCUGGUAUCCCAGUGUCAACCCUGGAAGUGUUCUCUUAUACCGUUAUGAGAUAUAUGCUCCUGGAGGAAUAUGGAUUUCUCAAACAUUAGGCGACAGAUAUAGCUACAGUGCUCAAGAUGAGGUCGUUUUUCCUGUCGGAAUUGCUCCUCAGUAUAUUCGAUCUGCGCAAAUUUUCGAACUCACAAAUGACAGAUGUCUAAGGAUAUCGCUCCGAUUGGAGAGGAAUUAUGUCUUGUGGACAGUGGUACCACAAACUCUAUACUUUGGGAGAUCAAAUACUUUCAAACUCUCAUAAAGAGAGAAGGCAAAGUUUUGACUAUCGCUGGGUGCAACACUAUGAUAGCUGGCUCAAGACGAUCAAUUAUUACACUCCAAAUGGGUACACAAAUUACAAUCGAGGAUGCUUUAUUGUAUCCUGAUUCAAUCCGUACUCUACUAAGUUAUAGAGAUAUCUGUCAAAAUGGGUUUCACAAUGAAACCCACAUGCAUAAUCGAGAAGAAUUUCUUCUCUUAACCAAACAAAACGGAUAUGGCAAACGCAUUUGCGAGAAAAUUCCAUCUCUUACAUCGGGAUUGUACUAUACAUACAUUAAGCCCAUUGCACAUGUUGCGUACAAAAUAAUUUUUCAAAAUGUUGAUGCAUUCCAUACUUGGCAUGAUCGACUUGGGCACCCCAGUAUCGGGAUGAUGAGAAAAAUUAUUGGCAACUCUAUUGGUCAUCAUUUGAUCACUGACAAAUUUCUCAAUUCCUCUGAUUUCGUAUGCACUGCAUGUGCUACUGGGAAACUGGUUUUGAGACCAUCUUAUCUCAAAAUUAGAGCCGAACCACUUAAAUUCCUUGAACGCAUUCAAGGGGAUAUAUGUAGCCCAAUUGUGUCAAGAUCUGGACCAUUCAGGUACUUUAUGGUUUUGAUUGACGCAUCUACUAGAUGGUCUCAUGUGUGUCUUCUAUCGACACGAAACCAUGCCUUUGCCAAACUAAUGUCUCAAAUUAUAAGGCUAAAGGCAAAUUACCCUGAACAUAGGAUUCAAUCAAUCCGUAUGGACAACACUGCCGAAUUUACAUCUCAUGCUUUUGAUGAUUAUUGUAUGGCAUUGGGAAUUCAGGUUCAGCACUCUGUUCCAUAUGUCCACACACAAAAUGGUUUGGCUGAAUCAUUGAUCAAAAGAAUUAAGCUGAUUGCUCGACCAUUAUUGAUGAAUUGCAAAUUACCUUCAUCGUGUUGGGGUCAUGCAGUUCUGCACGCUGCUGACCUUGUCCAGCUACGACCAACUGCAUAUCAUGAAACUUCCCCAAUGCAGUUAGUAUGUGGAAAUCCUCCAAGUAUUUCCCAUUUGCGUAAGUUCGGUUGUGCUGUAUACAUACCGAUCUCACCACCACAGCAUUCCACUAUGGGCCCACACAGGAAAGUAGGGAUCUAUGCGGGAUUCAAAUCUCCGUCGAUCAUAAAGUACUUAGAACCCUUAACAGGUGAUCUAUUUACUACCCGGUUCGCUGACUCUAUCUUUGAUGAGGAACAUUUCCCGGCAUUAGGGGGAGACUUCAAAUACCAGAAAGAAUGCCAGGAAAUUGAUUGGGAUGCCCAGGGUAUUCCAGCCUCAGACCCACGUACUACUGAAACUGAACUUCAAGUUCAGAAAAUUAUAUAUUUACAAAGACUAGCAAAUAACCUGCCAGAUGUAUUUACUAAUUAUAAAGGUGUGACUAAAUCUUUCAUUCCCGCUCAGAAUGCGCCAGAAAGAGUUGAGGUACCAAAUAAGACCACUCAACUUCCACUCACUAAAAAGAGAGGAAGAAGUAUGGCUACUCAGCGAGAAACAAUUGCUAAUAAGCAAAGAAAGACGGUAAAUGCAAACCAACCUUUAGUUGGUACACACCAAAUUGAUACUAUAUAUCAAGCAGAUCGUGAUAGUCUGCAACCUAGCUCGGUGGUGCACAAUGCCGAGACUAGGAAUUCGGAAGAACAUAGACACAUUGUUUCAGGAGAUCACGAUAAGUCUAUAAGGGUUGAUGAAAUUGCCAUCAACUACUCUGAAACUGGAGAAUCUUUUGAUAGAAGAGCUACAAUUGUCGACACUAAUUUUUCUGAACAAAUUGCUGAUUUCCUCCAAGUUGAUCCAGAACCUAGGUCUAUAAAAGAGUGCCAAAAGCGCUCUGACUGGAACAAAUGGAAGAACACAAUUGACGCAGAAUUAGCCUCGCUUUACAAAAGAGAUGUAUUCUCGGCUGUAAUGCCUACUCCUCGUGGUAUCUUUCAUGUGGGAUACAAAUGGGUUUUCGUCCGGAAACAGAAUGAAAACAACGAGGUGGUGAGAUAUAAAGCAAGGCUUGUAGCACAAGGUUUUACGCAAAAACCUGGCGUUGAUUUCGACGAAACUUACUCUCCAGUUAUGACUGGUAUAACUUUCCGAUAUUUAAUAUCAUUGAGAAUACAAAAUCGUCUAUUUAUGCAGAUGAUGGAUGUAGUGACAGCAUAUCUUUACGGGUCACUUGAUUCUGAUAUUUACAUGAAGGUUCCUGACGGAAUCGACAUCCCGAAUCAGAAGGUAAAUCGUAACAUGUAUUGUGUUAAGUUGCAGAAGUCACUUUAUGGCUUAAAACAAUCGGGAAGGAUGUGGUACAACUGAUUAAGUGAAUUCCUUUCACUAAAGGGAUACACUAAAAAUGAUGAUUGCCCGUCCGUCUUUAUCAAAAAGUCCCCCACAGGAUUUUGUAUUAUCUCGGUAUAUGUCGAUGAUCUCAACAUCAUUGGCAAUACACAAGAUAUUAAUGAAGAACAUCAUCAUUUAAAGAUGGAAUUUGAGAUGAAGGAUUUGGGUCAAACCAAAUUUUGCUUAAGUCUACAACUUGAGCAUUUACCUUUUGGAAUCCUGGUGCACCAAAAUGCAUAUACCCAGAAAAUUUUGGAGAAAUUUAAUAUGGACAAGUCAUAUCCUUCCAAAACCCCUAUGGUGGUUCGAUCUCUAGACGUGGAGAAGGAUCUAUUUAGACCAAAGGAAGAUGGUGAGGAUGUGCUUGGACCUGAUUUUCCAUAUCUUAGUGCUAUUGGCGCACUUAUGUAUCUUGCAAAUAGUACGAGGCCAGAUAUUUCUUUCUCGGUAAAUCUUGCAAGAUACAGCACUGCUCCUACCAAACGCCACUGGACUAGAGUUAAGAAUGUCUUUCGAUAUCUUAAUGGCACAAAAGAUCUUGGACUUUUCUUUAAAAAGAACCAGGAUUCGACUUUAAUUGGGUAUAUUGAUGCUGGCUAUCUAUCUGAUCCCCACAAUGCUAGAUCACAAACAUGAUUCGUAUUUUUACAAGGUGGAACUGCUAUUUCAUGGAAGUCUUCUAAACAGACUCUGGUAGCCACUUCCACAAAUCAUUCUGAAAUAAUUGCAUUAUAUGAGGCAUCACGUGAAUGUGUAUGGCUUCGCAGAAUGGUUAACCACAUAUUAACAUCUUGUGGUAUUGGUUAAUUGGAAUCACCAACCAUUAUCUAUGAAGAUAAUGACGCUUGUGUUGUUCAGAUGGAAACUGGUUAUAUUAAGAGCAAUAUCACAAAGCAUAUUGCUCCUAAAUUAUUUUAUCCUCAUGAGCUUUAGCAACAUGGAGAGAUAAACAUCUUGCAAACUAUGUCAUGUGAUAAUCUUGCUGAUUUAUUCACAAAAUCUGUGCCAUACUCCACAUUCUUUAAAUGUGUCGAAGGAAUUGGUAUGAGACGACUUAAAAAUUUGCAGGAUUCAGGGGGAGUAUCUUCCUCUGGAAAAUAACCUAUUUUCGUCAUAUUAUACUCUUUUUCCUUUGUAUGAGUUUUAACCUUUAGGUUUUCUCAUCCAAAGUUUUUAAUGAGGUAAUAUCAACAUAAGCUUAUAUGUCUUAUCACUUGGUUUUUCCCCACUAGGGUUUUUACUAAAUGAUAACUGUAGACAGUAUACUAUUUUGUAUCAUACUAUGAGCUUUACUCAUAGAGAUCUAAGAAUAGUCAAUAAUAUAUCACGGUUCUCUCCUUAUUUUUCCCACUGGGUUUUCGAGGAGUUUUACGUGAUGUAUUUAAUAUAAUAACUAUAAUUAUUUCUAAUA